CACCGACCGAAGGAAGGAAAAUAGAAAAAAGGGAAUGGUGUGCAUGCUGUUCCUCAACUCACCUAUAAACCUCAUUCCCUCCUUUUCCAAAUUUUCUUCAAAACCCUAACAAAAACUGCUUUCUUCCGAUUCCACGCUUUUCCUCUCCCUCCCUUUCUUUUUCUCUCCCACUAUUUCACUUUACCUUUCAAAUUCCUUCCCAAUCCAUGCUCCUCUAAUGAUUCUCGAUUUCAAUAGUCUCGUAUUCUAUUCUCCCUGUCCGAAUUUCGAUGGAAUUUUGUUACCUUCUUUCACGUAAAUCACUUAGUGCAUUGCUCGUUUCGUGAUGGAGGACAAUGAACUAGUUGAUGAUCAGAACACAGGAUGGUUCCAAGUCAAAAAGAAGCACAGAAAUACUUCGAAAUUCUCUUUGCAGAGCUGGGUGGGGGGAUUUUCGGGGCAAAAUGCUUCUAACUCUCCGCGUACUCAGCAUUCCAUGAUUAAAAGUAAUGUCAAUUCACAUAGCCAGCAGAAAACUCAACUUUCAAGGUCAGGGGGCAAUUUUUCACAGAACCCUGUGCCUGGGACUGUUGCGAGUUCUCCCUCCGGAUCCAAUGAAAAAGAGGGCACCAACUAUGUUAAUACAAGUGUAGUUAGACAUAAUACUGAAUGUCAGAAGUCAAAUGCAUUACUUCCUAUGGAUUCUCAAGGUAAACUUGAAGAAGUUAGGAAAUUACACCAAACGGAUAAGCCUGACUUAGCUCAGAAAACAAGAUGGGGUGAUUUAGAGGAAGGAGUUUUGGCACUGCCCCAUGAAAACUUGAUUGGAGUUGGAAUCAAGUUUGGCAGUAUUGGAGAUGAUAGUUUGCUUAACUGUAGAAAUCAUGGGAAUAAUCCUGAUCCUUGUGGUUCAUAUAAUGUUCAAGAAAAAGACAUGACAGCAACUACUGUUGACGCAGAGGCUUUUUCUGAUCAGAUCCUUUCGAUGAGAUGUGAAGACGAAAAUAUUCUGGAGAAUGGUAAAGAUGUUAAGAACAUAUCUUUGGAACAUUUGAAAAACCAACAAAUGAACGAGGAAAGAAUUGAUCCAGAAGAUGAUAUACUACAUUGCAAUAAGAAAAAUGAUGAAGUGAAUAAAACAACGACUGAUGGUGCCAUUAACAAUGAUAUUUUGUCUGCCAAUGAUGCUGCAGUGGUUGCAAAUCAAGAACAUACCUUGAGCAAUGUGGUAGGUGAUGUAAAAGUUUCUGAAGCGGCAGAACAAAAUGGAAGCUUAAGUGAAGCAUUUAGUGCCCUGGGUACCGAGUCACAAGUUUCUGAAAUUGUCAAUGAUUCUGUGGCUUCUGCUGAAGUGGUUAGGGAUCCACACGAUGGUAAUGAGGAAAAUGUUGUUUCAACAUCUCAUAAUAUGAGUCCUCUUGAAGAAGGUGAUUCCAAUGAAAGCAAAGAAAGGUUUAGGCAGAGGCUUUGGUGCUUUCUGUUUGAGAAUCUUAAUAGGUCUGUAGAUGAACUUUAUCUUCUUUGUGAACUAGAAUGUGAUUUGGAGCAGAUGAAAGAGGCAAUUCUUGUUCUUGAGGAGUCUGCAUCUGAUUUUAGAGAGCUAAUUACUAGAGUUGAGGAAUUUGAAAAGGUUAAAAAAUCUUCCCAAAUAAUUGAUGGAGUUCCUGUCAUCUUGAAGAGUGAUCACCGCAGGCCACACGCUCUCUCAUGGGAGGUCCGAAGGAUGACAACUUCACCUCAUAGGGCAGAUAUUCUAUCUUCAUCUCUUGAGGCUUUUAGAAAGAUUCAGCUAGAGCGUGCUAGCUUGCAAUCAGGUUCCACAGAAAAUGCCAUGUCUAAAUGUUUGAGUUCUGAAUCUAUUGGCAAUAAGAACAGGUCCAGGGUCAAUGAUGGAACACAUGAUGCCAAAUAUUCAGUGACAAAGUCAAGAAAGCAUGUUGGAUCAUCAGAUGCUAAACAAGGGAACCCGAAUGAAAAAAAGCAUAAUAUUGGAGGGGGAAAACCCAGUGACUCGAUUACAAUGCAAAAUGGAUGUAACCCACCAGAAAGUAUAUUAACUUCAGAAGUUAAGUUAUCUAAAUUACCUCCCAUGGAAAAUUCUUCUGCUUUUGCCACCACCAAGGGUAAAAAAGAUCACCUUGGAACUGGAUCUGACAAGAUGCUUUCUAAGAAAGAUAAAGUAUCUACAGAAGUUGUUAAUGAGAAAAACAUCAGAUCCACAGAUCACCUUAGGCGGCAAAUGCCACUGCCUGAAAAAGAUAAGGAAAAAAGGAGUAUCGCCCCAGGAAAGUCUUUGAAUGCUUGGAAGGAGAAGAGGAACUGGGAGGACAUACUUUCAUCUCCAUUUCGCGUCUCUUCCCGCAUGCCAUAUUCACCAAGUCUGGGCCGGAAAAGUGCCGAGCGUGUACGUACUCUGCAUGAUAAACUAAUGUCUCCUGAAAAAAAGAAGAAAACAACUUCAGACUUAAAAAGGGAAGCAGAAGAAAAGCAUGCCCGUGCUAUGAGAAUCAGAAGUGAGUUAGAGAAUGAGAGAGUCCAGAAGCUUCAACGUACAUCACAAAAAUUAAAUCGUGUCAACGAAUGGCAUGCUGUUCGCCAUAUGAAGUUGCGAGAAGGCAUGUAUGCCCGCCAUCAACGCAGUGAAUCUCGUCAUGAAGCUUUUCUAGCUCAAGUGGCGAAGAGAGCUGGUGAUGAAAGUAGCAAGGUAAAUGAAGUUCGGUUUAUUACUUCCUUAAAUGAAGAAAAUAAAAAAUUGAUGUUGCGUCAGAAACUUCAUGAAUCAGAGUUGAGGAGAGCUGAAAAGCUUCAAGUGCUAAAAUCUAAGCAAAAGGAGGAUUUGGCAAGAGAGGAAGCUGUUCUAGAACGUCGAAAACUCAUUGAGGCUGAAAAGUUACAGCGUCUUGCUGAGAUUCAGCGGAGAAAGGAGGAAGCUCAAGUCAGAAGGGAAGAGGAAAGAAAAGCAUCAAGUGCAGCACGGGAAGCAAGAGCUAUUGAACAGCUUCGCAGAAAGGAAGAAAGAGCGAAAGCACAACAAGAGGAAGCUGAACUCUUGGCUCAGAAAUUGGCAGAGAGACUAAAUGAAAGUGAACAACGCCGUAAGAUUUACCUGGAGCAAAUUCGGGAGAGAGCAAAUUUGCGGGAUCAGUCAUCUCCUUUGCUGCGUCGAUCGAUAAAUAAAGAGGGGCAAGCUAAAUCUACACCUUCCAACAGCGGUGAUGAUUCUCAACAGAAUAUUGUUUCUGGCAUUGGGACUAGUCUUGGAAUUGGGAGCAUCACAUUGCAACACUCAAUAAAGAGAAGAAUUAAGAGGAUUCGUCAAAGGCUUAUGGCUUUAAAGUAUGAGUUUCUUGAGCCCCUUCUUGGUGGUGAAAGUGCUAGCCUGGGAUAUAGAGUAGCAGUGGGUGCUGCUAGGGCAAAAGUUGGCAGGUGGCUUCAAGAACUUCAAAGACUUAGGCAAGCAAGAAAAGAAGGGGCCACAAGUAUAGGGCUAAUAAUUUCUGAAAUGAUCAAGUAUUUGGAGGGCAAGGAUCCUGAGUUACAAGCAUCUCGUCAAGCUGGACUACUUGAUUUUAUUGCUUCUGCCCUGCCUGCAUCUCACACAUCAAAACCUGAGGCAUGCCAGGUUAUGUUGCACUUGUUAAAACUCUUGAGAGUUGUGCUAUCUACACCUGCAAAUAGGAGUUAUUUCCUUGCACAGAAUCUUUUGCCUCCAAUCAUCCCGUUGCUUUCAGCAGCUCUUGAAAAUUAUAUAAAGAUUGCAGCAUCUUUAAGUAUUUCAGGCAAUUUCAGUGUGCCAUCAAGUAAAGCAUCAGUUGAGAACUUUGAAUCAAUUUCUGAGAUAUUAAAUAAUUUUUUGUGGACUGUUACUGCUAUUUUUGGUCAUAUAAGCUCAGAAGAAAGACAACUUCAGAUGCGAGAUGGCUUGCUGGAGUUAUUGAUUUCCUAUCAAGUGAUUCAUCGGUUAAGAGAUCUUUUUGCUCUUCAUGAUAGGCCACAGAUGGAAGGGUCAGCAUUUCCUGUCCCUAUUCUCUUAAGCAUACAACUUUUGGUUGUUUUGACCUCCGGAUCUGGAAGAUUGAGUUAUAUUAACUGGGAAUCUUCCCCUGUGGCAAUGGAGCAGGAAAUUGGUAGUGAAGGGGCUAAGUUUGCAGAUUCUGCACAUUUUGUGGUGAAUAACUCCUGGGGAGAUUACACUCCCUUAUCAGUGAUUAAUGCCAGCUCAGUUGUGCAUUUACCUGAUGUCCCCGAGGACAGACCAUUGGAUGAAAUGGUUAAGGUGAACAAGAAUGAUGAAUCUAUUUCUAUUGGGAAGGAUUGUGAAUUGGAGCAAGAUAGUUCUGUUAAAUUGAAAAAUGAUGAUACGGAAAAGAUAGAUGAUCUAGAUGAUUCCAAGAAAUAUCAAAAUGGGGAUAUUACUAAUAUGCCUGUUUUCCAAAAGGAUGAGAAACAUACAGUGGUAAAUGUUACAGUACAGAAAAACGAAAAAGUAUCAAAUUUGGCUCAGCCAGUAGUAUUUCUUCUUUCAGCUAUUUCUGAAACAGGAUUAGUCAGUCUCCCUUCUCUUUUGACUGCUGUUCUUUUGCAAGCAAACAAUAGAUCAUCUUCUGAACAAGCCUCAUUUAUCCUUCCAUCUAAUUUUGAAGAGGUGGCUACUGGAGUACUGAAGGUGCUGAACAAUGUGGCUCUUUUGGAUCUUGUAUUUUUGCAGCGAAUGCUGGCAAGGCCAGAUCUGAAAAUGGAAAUUUUCCAUUUGAUGAGCUUCCUUCUUUCUCAUUGUGCCAGCAAGUGGAAAGCUCCUAAUGAUCAGGUUGGUUCACUUGUGCUUGAAUCUCUAUCACUUCUUGGUCACUUUGCGUUGUUUCAUCCUGGAAAUCAAGCUGUCCUUCGAUGGGGAAAGAGUCCCACUAUCCUCCAUAAGGUUUGUGAUCUGCCAUUCGUUUUCUUCAGCGACCCGGAUUUGAUGCCAAUCUUGGCUGGCACAUUAGUUGCCGCAUGCUACGGGUGUGAGCAGAACAAGUUUGUAGUUCAGCAAGAACUGAGUGUUGACAUGCUACUUUCCUUGCUAAGGUCUUGCAGAAAUGCUGCGUCUGCAACUCAGCUUAAUUCAACCAUAGACAAUUCCACAACAGACGAAUCUAGUGAAUGUAAUCAAUUAGGUACUGAAAUUAGAAAGCCUCAAGUGGACGUUCCUGUAAAAUACAGCCGUUCCAAUGGCAAAAGCACUCGGGCUUCCUUGGGGAAGAGUGGUGCUUUGGGAAAUAACGUAAAAAGUGGCAGAAUAAAAAACUUACGGGACGGCAAAACAACCAAGAUUCCUGAAGAAGCGGCUCCUAAGAACAGUGAGCCUUCGCACUUAAUGUUGCACUGUAGAUUUCCUCCCAUCUUCAUCGAUAAGGUAGAGCAGUUCUUUUCAGCGGAAAUUGCUAACGGGAUUGAUGAACUCUGAGGUUAAACAUUGUGAAUUCAUUUUGAUCGAUAAUUCACGGAACUUGACGCGUUAACUGAUUAUGUUUCUUUAUACACGUUUCACACUUCUAAUCCACGGAACAUCCGAAAAGCUGACGUGUCUCUGAAGAUUAACCUGUCCGAGUUAUACAUCAAAGCUUGUUUUUAGGCAAUGCCAAAAAUAUUGUACUUUAUGUGAAAUAAUAUAUUUCGUAGUACGGGUGGAGCAUUCUUGUAAUAUAUAAACGAUAGAGAAGUGGCUUAUGAUAAUAGCCACCGUUACCACUACUGUAAUUAUAGCCGAUAUGUUUCGGGGUGUAACAACCCCAGCUAUCAAUUUGUCUUAUUGACUUCAAGCCUACUGAAUUAUCGAUCUUU